UGGAUGGUCCAGUUUUUUAGCUUUUUAUCACAGGUUAUCGAUUGUGCCGAGGUGGGCUGAGGUGAGCUAAUCGGUAGUGAGAUAAACUUGUUUAUGGGAGGGGAAUCGAGUGAGAGUAUUGGAAUGAGAGUGUUUGAUUUCUUUUCUUUAUGUUUUUGUAUCUAUUCCGAUCAGGAUUUUAGGGAACAUAUCUUUAUAUCAAUCUCAUAUCAUCCAUAAUAACUAUUACAUAUACUCAAGUAGCCAUGUCUUCACCGGCUUCCAUGUCAGAUCAGCCAAAGAUCAAACUUUACUGGCUCAACCAAUCCCGCUCUCAACGAAUCCUCUGGCUUCUAGAAGAAUUGAAAGUACCCUACGAGCUAGAAAUCAUCCAUAGACUUCCCUCUAAACAAGCACCUCCUGAAUUGAAAAAAGUGCAUGCCUUGGGAAAAUCUCCCGUCGUUACGAUUUUACCUGCGGGAGCCACAGAACCGGUGGUUUUGGCGGAGAGUGCGUUUAUUACUGAAUAUCUCCUCGAUCAUUUCACCCACGGCAGUACCCUUCUCCCCACCCGCUGGAAGCCCGGUCAAGAAAACACUCUCGGUGGCGAAACCGAAGAAUGGACUCGUUUCCGCUACUACAUGCAUUAUGCCGAAGGUUCUCUGAUGCCUCCCCUCCUUGUCGCCCUUAUCAUGUCUAUGAUUAAUUCACCCAACCUUCCUUUUUUUAUCCGUCCUAUUACUGGCAUGAUAACCUCAAAAGUGCACGAGUCAUACCUGGAACCAAAUUUCAGCACUCAUUUUACCUAUCUUAAUGAACAAAUCCGGAGCUCUCCCAAUGGCGGAAAAUAUCUCUGUGGUGAACAUCUUACCGGUGCAGAUAUCCUCAUGUCAUUCCCUCUUGUAGCAGCUAAACAGCGCGCUGGAUUGACGAAGGACAAAUAUCCGGAACUUUUUGCUUACACGGAAAGAUUAGAAAAUGAGGCGGGGUAUAAGAAAGCCGUUGAAAAGAUUGUGGAUAUCGAGGGAGAAUUCAAGGCGAUUUAA